AUGGUUGCCGUCGCCUCUGCGGCCGUUCAACCACUGCCGGGAUCGUCGGGCGGUGCCUCGGAGGCUGCUCAACCCCCUGCGGCGCAGGGGCAAGGCUCGCCAGCUGGAGGGAGUGACGAAUGUGAGUAGAUGAAAUGAAGAGCGCAAGACCUGUGACAACAUGGGCUCCAGCGCCCGUGAAGCGGCCUCGUGCUCGAGCAGAACAGCACUCGGUGAUGUUGAGUGUCAUUGUUACUGACAGCUCGCUCUCAGCUCCUCAUGAGACUACUCCAGACUACUCGUCGUACUCGUGUGGUCCACCGGGCGCUAGUACGUCACAUCAUGAAGACGCAAGCAACGAUUGGGAGAACAAAUUGCUAACGAUACCCUCUUCUUCCAGGUGGUCAGCAGGGCACUCCUCCUACUCCUGCUGGACAGACUGGAGCUCAGCCUUCCCCACCAGCCCCUGCGCCCGCUGGUGGUGCUCCUGCUGCUGGUCCAUCAGGCGCGGUAUCGCCCGAACAAGGUGCUCCUAAGGGUGCUCCUGCCCCUGCUCAGUAUGGCUCGGAAUCGCCUCAACAAGGUGCUGCGCCCGCUGGUGGUGCUCCUGCUGCUGGUCCGUCAGGCGCGGUCUCGCCCGAGCAAGGUGCUGCGCCCGCUGGUGGUGCACCUGCCGCUGGUCCAUCAGGUGCGGUAUCGCCCGAACAAGGUGCUCCUAAGGGUGCCCCUGCCCAGUAUGGCUCGGAAUCGCCUCAACAAGGUGCUGCGCCCGCUGGUGGUGCACCUGCCGCUGGUCCAUCAGGCGCGGUAUCGCCCGAACAAGGCGCUGCCCCCGCAGGUGGUGCUCCUGCCGCUGGUCCAUCAGGCGCAGUAUCGCCCGAACAAGGCGCUGCCCCCGCAGGUGGUGCUCCCGCCGCUGGUCCAUCAGGCGGCAGUUCGGCCUCUCCAGCCGGUCAGCAGCCCGCAGGCGUCGCUCCAUACCCAGUUGCUCCAGGCUACGGAGGCAACAAGACCUCUCCAUACCCAACUGGUACCGCUGUCCCCACCGGCGGCGUACCUCCAUCCUCGAGUGGCCCGUCGAAUGGUGCCCCGCCAAGUGGAAGCCAGUCACCGGCUCCUUACCAGGGCGACGCGGCUUCUGUCGAGAGUACUCUGAGCGGUCUGAUUGCCAUCGUCGCUGGUGCUGUUGCUUUCGCGUUGUAA